GUGUUCGGCACACUGCACAGGACAGGGCUGGGGGAGUGGUUCCGAGUCCAGUGCAUGGCGGUGUCGCCUGCAGCUGCGGUAGACGGCCUCUGGACCUCAUGCCAGGGCUGGAAUCAACUUGCAAGUUCUGGGAGCAACGAAGUCGUUCCAUGCGGGGCGUAGUACGCUGUGAAGCUGGUCGACUGGGUUGUGACGACAUGUGUAGGGAAGGACGUUUGUGUUCAUCAACAAGGUAGUUCAUGAUUACCGACUUGGCACCAGGUAUGUGAUGCCCCUGGUGCAUCUAUCUUAUAUGGGAAUUUUGAGGCAGUAACACAAUGGUAGUCCUUGCCAAAGACUUCUAUCGAGUCGCAGCCCCCUCGACUUUGGCAGAAGUCCCGGGAAGAAAAUGGUUGAGAGACAAUGAUGAACAACAUCUGCAGCCGGCUUAUGGCGGUUUCAACCACCGGGCGCGGCAUGAAGUUGAAAUGCAGGCAGAAGCUUUGGAGAUCGAACCCAGGUGGGGCAAGCAUGGUCAAUCGAGGAGUUUGAACAUUACUCCUCAGUUUGCGGAUUCAAAUAGCAGUGCCCCAAGCACUCCCCAUGAAGAGGGCGGCAGCGAGGAGAAUGCCGACAUGGGUCAGGACGGCGACUGGCACGAUGCGGAGGAUGAGCUGGAGGGACCCAGCCCCAAGGCAUGGAGGUCCAGCACGGUAUAUGCCACUCAGGAUGGUGCACUUGUGGGAGGCCGGGGGGAAUUUUCUUUCCCUCAGAGCAGCGGGCAUUCUGUUGCAUCGGGAUCAACGGAAGGGGAGGAGGUGCGGGAUGCAUUGCGGUGGCACUCUGAGUCUUCUGAGAGCACUGACUCCAAGUUCCUGAAGGGAGGCCCGCCCGAGGCAGCAGUGCAGGAUGCAAACGAGAAAGUCAGAAAGUGGCGGGGGGAGCACCUCCCGGUGCCAAGUGAGGGGCAAGACACCUUGGGCGCUGCGGGGGGCUCCAUUUUGGAGGACGAUCCUCAGUCUGUUCUGGAGGUCGAUGCUGAGCAGGCAGUUGAGGGGGAAAGCCGAGAGGACAACGCUGCGGAGGCAGUGCGCUGCACAGGCAGGGAGGAGGGGGGAAGUCCUGAGGCUGCAUCUCUUCCAGGCAAGGGUUCUCAAGGCCUGGGGGAGGAUGCACUGGAGAGCACGGGAGGGGAGGCAGAGGAAGCCGUGGAAGAGCUUCUACCGGAUGGCGAAAGAGCGGGUCUGCCGGACUUGGAUCGGCGAAGAAGUGCGGAGAGGCUUAGUAAGCCCUUCGGAAGUUUCAUCGAGAGGCCGGUGCUGGUGGAAGAAAUGGGGGAAAGAGACAUGGAGGAACGGGUCAAGCACGAGAGAGGCAAGAAAGAAGCACGGUCAGUAAAAGAUGGGGAGAGGGAGAGAAAGGAUGCAAAGCUGGAGAAGAAGGCGAGCUGGAAGAAGAAGGCGUCGGCGCUGUUCCGUAGCGACACGAUUCAGAGGAUACGCAGUCACCGGCAGCAGGAGAAAGCUAAGGCGCAGCAGGAGAGUGUCGCUGAGGAUGCAGCGGAAGGAGUGCCAGAUCCAGGGCGGCCGGUCAUUUUGGAACUGUCGGCAGACGGGCAAGUAGAGCUGGGCCCCGUGGAACCGGUGCAGAUGGCAGAGCCGCCUCCUAAGGUUGGGGAAACCAUAGGUGAGAAGGAAGGACUCCCCCCCCUGGCGGCAGAACCAGACAGCGCAGACGGACCCCAGGUCGGGGGCGUGACAAUCAAAGUCAAGCAUGUAAAGGUGCACCGCUCUGGGGAAGAGGACAAGAAGCCGCACCAUGAUCAUGCGAGCGCGGUCAAAUCUGAGGCGCCCUUGGUCGAGGAGCAGGGACGGCCCGCCCCAAAAGCAGGGUUUGAUUUUGAGAAGCGGUCGCGGUCUGUGGAGCGGAGUCUGCGGAGCAAGUAUGCUACGGGAGAGGCUUUUCCCCGGCGGGCGAGCAGCCGCGAGCGGACGCCAGAGAAAGUUCAUCGGGGCAGCAGGCGGCAUCACCGAGGGGAGGAGGACCCUUUCAAGAGCCCGCACUUGCGGUAUGAGCGGGCAAACGGGGGGGCUGAUGUGAGUAGGAGCACGGGGGAGACCGACUUGCGGCAGGUGCGAGCGAACGGGCUUGUAAAAGAGGAUAGCGUGGACUUCCAAGCAAUCAUCCGCACGCAGCGGGCGGCCUGGGAGAGGGAGAGGGAGAAGUGGCGCGCAGAGAUUGCGGGGCUGCAGGCGCAGCUGGAGCAGGUAAAAGCGGAUGGUGCGGGGAGGCAAAAUGCAUCCGACGGAACAGGGGAUGGUCUGGCUGCGCCGGAGCAGUCAGAUUCACCACGGAUUCAUUCCUUUUCCAGCCCAAAAGUCAACGGGAUUGAACAGUCCGUUGAUUCAGCCACCUCAUCCGAGCUGCCUGCUCGCUCAAGGGGCAGCCUGGGGAGGUCCGCUGAGGGCCUGCGCGUCUCAGGGGGUUCAUUGCACAGCCAGACAGACCCCCUGAGGAGGAGCACGGAAGCGCAAACAGCCGAUCACAUGCGUCGCUCGGCUGACCUGCCCCCUUUGGUGGCGUCCACAGAGAGCAGCUCUCUCGCCAGGGGGGUGGAGGCUCUGCAAAGGUCUGUGAGCGAGCAGUUUAGCCGGCGGUCAACGGACAAGCUGCGGGGGCUGUCGGAGCCGCUGAGGAAGUCCAGCGAUGGGGAGGAGAGCAGCAGCGUGGUGCUGACUGUAGAGAAGGCGGUUCAGACUGGGCCCGUGGAGGGCGGGGAGGCGUCGUACCUGGCAGAGGAGAACGAGCGCCUGAGGGCGGAGGUUGCAAGGCUGAGGGACGAGAACAGCGCUGUCUCGCGGCAGAUGGAAGCCAAAAAGUUCAAUUCUUAUGGCAACGCGGCCUUCAACGGUCAGAAAUACGACGAAGCUGUGCAACACUACUCUCUCGCGUUAGACGCUAGAGCGAACGACGUCGAGUUCAACGCAGUCCUCUACUGCAAUCGAGCAACGGUGCAAUCGGCACUGGCCAAGCACAUGGACGCGCUGUCCGACUGCUUGGCUGCACUGGAGACAGACCCCCGCUACACGCGGGCCUACAUGAAGAAAGCGGACGUCCUGACUGCAGUGGGCGACUAUGAGGGGGCUUUGGAGGACCUGAGCAAGCUGGAGCCCAGCGACGAGGUUGCGGGCCGUGUGAAGGACCUGCGGCGGCGGAUGAAGCGCGCGGUGGCGCCCAUGGACUACUAUGCGGUGCUGGGCGUGGCCGCCAGCAGCAGCAUGGCGGACAUCAAGGCCGCGUACCGCAAGCUGGCCAUGCGCUACCACCCCGACCGCCCCGGGUGCAACCAGGGCGUCAUCUUUCAGUACAUCUCGCAGGCAUAUCAGAUUCUCUCUGAUGCUGAAGCAAGGCUUCGAUUCGACCAAUUGCUGGAGAAAAGUGGGGGACCUUCGCGGAAGUGAUCAUGGCGUCAAGAAGUGAGUGAAGGAUUGAAAGCAAGAGCGAAUGUAGAUUAUCAUAACCCAUUGUAUCCGUAUUUAUUCGCUGUAGACGCGUAGUGGUCUGAUGGUCAAGAUGUGUUGCUCCUAGUAGGUGGGUAACUCCUGGUGAAAUCUAUGUAGGAACAUUGGUUUCAUUUGACCAGUGCUUUGUUGCUUAAUGUGACCGCUGGUCACUGUAAGAGGUGUAGAAAGUUUUGAGGGUGUGUAGACCCCCAUCUUUGAAUAUCCUCGAUCGUAACUAUAGGCUAGAACUCGUUUCGCUUUACAAGCUGCUGUUUGUUGUUAGAGUUCGGAAUUCUUGGCUAAGUAAGAGAAUUAUAGUACCCCAACUUGCAAGGGCAAAAACAAGGUUUUCCAACAUCUUGAGAUGUUGUGAUGGGCAUUGGCAUGCGACCAUGCGUUGGGUACGUUGGCCAACACAUAACAUGGUUUCCCCCACAGCCUUACAUUUCUGAAGCAAAGUAUUAUUGUUCCAACCCG